CAUCAUAAAUGCACUGUGGCUGGGAAGAGGACAUUUGGAAAGGUAUGCCAAAGCAGUUUGAUACACACCAGAAGACAGAUUUAAAGGUGGCAUUUCAAUCUCCUGGUUCUCACUCUUCAUUUUUUUCUGCGCUUGUGGGGAAUUUUUCUGAAAUUGCGCUUGAAAGUGCGCUUUUGGCUGUUAUUUGUGGUGCCAACUGAACGUUGAAAAGUGGAGAUGAAUUCUACCGCUUUCAAUCAAACGGAGAACUCAGGACUUUUCAAUAAGACUGAAGAUAUUUUUUGCUGUAACUUUUCAUCAGUGGUGACUGAUAAUGGUUUCGUGGCGCCGACUCCGGAUGAGAGAAGUCUCUUUCUCAUGAGAGUUGUCCAGAUUGCCGUUAUGUGCGUGUUAUCGCUCACGGUGGUUUUCGGUAUAUUCUUUUUGGGCUGCAACCUUCUCAUUAAGUCGGAGGGAAUGAUCAACUUUUUGGUGACGGACAGAAGACCAUCCAAAGAGGUAGAAACAGUCAUUGUUGGGGCAUAUUAGUAGCCCAAAGAGCGCUUUUGGAGACUUUGUCAAAAUUAUUUGUUCUACCACUGAUGCCCAGAUGAUUAAUCCAGUUUUCACCAAAAGCAGAGACGGAGCUCAAUUUUCACAUAAAAUCCAGUCUCCAUUGUUCUUUUCUUGUCAGUUGACGAAAAUGUAGGAUCCAGCAGGUGACUGAACAGUCAGGAGGACAAAUUAGGGGUAGGGCUAAACAUUUUAAGGACACACAUCUCCAAGAAGUAUAUAGCCAAAAUCAUCUUUCACUUUUUGUUAAAGACAAACAAACAAUGUCAAUUGAAUUGUACUAUCAUUUGAAUUGGACCCACUAGAUUGUUAUAGCCUAUUGUUAUAGCCUAAGUGACAAUCGUUUUUUACUUCUAACACUGUCUCGUAUUGCUAAAGCAAUGGGGAUGAAUUAAUGUUUUUGAAAAAUACCUAUGUGUUUUUGCAUACAAUAUGCAAGUCAGUAUAAUGAUUUAGUCAAUGUGUCUAAUGGGUUUCCUAUUGAACAUUUGUAAAUAGUGAGUGGUUAAAUGCAUGAAAGGUGGAUAUAUAAUAAAACAACAGUAGUUUAUCUUUGUUUAUUGAAAUAAAUUAAUCAUGUAAUUAUGUUGACGUUUUCAGUUUGAGCGAUUCUGAUUUUCCAUCAAUCUGCUCUGUGUUCAUUUCAAACAAUCAUGGCCACAGUAUGACUAUUUCAGUUGUAUUGAGAUCAUUCUGAUUACAAAACCCUUCAAAUGAUAACAUUUUAUACUGUAUCAAUAUAUUAAACAUGUACUGUUUAUUAUUUUAA